AGCUUUGACGCGGGCCGGAGGGUGAGGAGCUCGCCGGAGCCGCCCCUGUCGUCAGUGCUGGCGGCAAGUGCUGGGAGCCGGGGCUGGCGGUGCCUCCUCCUUCUCCUCCUUCCUCUCCUCCUCCUCCAUUGUAUAAUGCUGCGUGAUCGCAGCCGCCGGGGCAGAGCGGAGGCUUAAAUCCUCACGCCGCCUGCUCCUGCCUCCUCCUCCUCCUCCUCUCUUCCUCCUCCUCCUCCUCCUUUCCUCCUCCUCCGCAUCCCACCCGGCCCCUCCCCGGAGCGGCGCGGCGAGGAGCGACAUAUGGAGCUGCUCUAGGGCGAGAGUUUCCGACCUCCCCCUCUCCAUGCUUUAGUUCUCAGGUGGAGCUGCAUGUGAUAUAUGUUGGGGAAAGGAGGAAAGCGGAAGUUUGACGAGCAUGAAGAUGGGUUGGAAGGCAAAGUGGUGUCUCCCACUGACGGUCCCUCUAAGGUGUCUUACACCUUACAGCGUCAGACUAUCUUCAACAUUUCCCUUAUGAAACUUUAUAACCACAGGCCAUUAACCGAGCCAAGCUUGCAAAAGACAGUUUUAAUUAACAACAUGUUGAGGCGAAUCCAGGAAGAACUCAAACAAGAAGGCAGCUUGAGGCCCAUGUUUGUGGCCGCUUCGCAGCCUGCCGACCCUCUCAGCGACAACUUCCGCGAGGCGCAGCCGGCGUUCAGCCACCUGGCCUCGCCGCCCCUGCUCCCCGCCGACCUGGUAAGCACUAUGCCCCUGGAGUCCUGCCUCACCCCGGCCUCUUUGCUCGAGGACGACACUUUUUGCACUUCCCCGGCUGUCCAGCACGAUGGUCCCGCGAAGCCACCACCUCCUGCUCUCCAACCAGUAAAGGACAGCUUCUCCUCAGCCUUGGACGAAAUCGAGGAGCUUUGUCCAGCACCUACCUCCGCAGAGGCAGUAGCAGCCGAGUCGGCAGCCGACGACUCUAAAGCCCAGCCCAGCGAGUCCGACAUUCACAAGCCCGAGGGGCUCCCGGAGAGCAGAACGGCCGAAUCCAAACUCAUGGACCCCCUGCCCGGCAACUUUGAGAUAACGGCUUCCACAGGUUUCCUCACAGACUUGACCCUGGAUGACAUUCUGUUCGCUGACAUUGACACGUCCAUGUAUGAUUUUGACCCCUGCACGUCCGCCACGGGGGCCGCCUCAAAAAUGGCUCCCGUCUCGGCGGACGAGCUCCUAAAAACUCUCGCUCCGUACAGCAGUCAACCAGUAACUCCAAAUCAGCCUUUCAAAAUGGAUCUCACAGAACUGGAUCACAUCAUGGAGGUGCUUGUUGGGUCUUAAAAAUAUUAAGAAAAUAUAGCAACUUUUUUUUUUUUUUUUUGGUUGGUUGGUUUUGUUUUUUGUUUUUUUUUUUUGUUUUUUUUUUUUUUUUUUUUUUAAUUUAAUUUUAAGUACCAGUAUAUACACUUGGUAGUAUUUCCAUAGUCCCUCCCAGCCCCGAUUCACAGCACUGUGCAUGCAUCCUUGCUUGCCUUUUUUGAAAAGAAAAGGAUCACACUAGUUUUUGCUUCGAGCAGAGUUGGAGUGCCUUCAUCCAUGUAUGACCACUUCUAAUGUAUUUUUUUUAAAGUGGUUCCUCAAGGAAGACCGAAUAUCCUGGUAUAGGAAAGAAUAUGUAUUGUAGACAAUGUUAUGUUAUUACAAAAAAAGGAAAAAAAAAAAAAAAAAAAAAAGAAAAAAAAAGGAAAAAAAAAAAGGUAAAAGCUAAGCACAAGGAUUAUGUUGGGGAAAGCUGUAAAUUGCAUGUGCAUACUUGUCUAUUUUUUCUAUAAGUUUUAUUGCAAGAGGUAAAAAAUUUUAUUAUUUAGGUAAUCUCAAUACCAUUUUAGCCCUGUAUAGGUUGACUUUAGCAAUUCAGCCUUUUGGAGGCAUUAACCUGCUCCUCUUUAAGUGUUGCAUUUACAUGGCUGUUUAGAAACUGCUGCCCAAAUUUAUUUUAUAUUUUUGUACAGAUUCUGCAGUUUAUGGUAUUGUUUUUUCUAAAAACAAAUGCUGUUUAUACACACAAAAAAAAAAAUAGCUAUUUUGAUAGGAUUUGCUCACAUAGUUCCUGCAUAAUUCAGAUGUACAAGAACCACUUGUACUUUUAUACAGAGUUGUAAUGUUUUAUAUGUGUAUGGUGCAAAGAGAAAAUUGGAUCAAAUAAGCCUGCAGUCGAUUUCCCUGAAUGCAAACAAACAAACAAACAAACAAAAAAAAGUGCUUUAAGAAAGGGCCGGGAGCUGCUUCUGUCGGAGUUUCACAAGUGUUUGCUCCCUGCUGUACCCACUGCGCACUACUGUGAUUCCCGAAACUCAGAGCCAUGUCCUUUUUUCCAACACGUACGUGAAGCAGUUGGCAGGAAACAGUUGUGGAACUUGACGGGCGGAGAGGUCCCUGAGCGCUGCCCCGGCCGCAGCUCCCGCCAGCCUUGCCGGGCCCCCAUCCCGCCCGCCCGCGGAGCCUUAACCCGGCCGAGAUCGGCACCUCCUCACCCGGAGCUCCCGGGAAUGCCGUCAGGGGCAGCGAGGCGCCCGGAGCCUCCCCCGGCGUCGCCCCGACCGACGGGCGCGGGCAGAGAGCGGGGCUGGAAGCGUCCGCUCGCCCUUUCUUGGAGCAUUUCUCCUUCCCUCUCCCACCUCACUGUGCUAAGUGCUGAAAAAAGGCAGCUUCAGUAUUACCCGCAGUGAAGCUCAUCUCCUACCUGCACUGGAUGGACUCGCUUCAAUAUCCGUUGCCGUCGAAACUGGAGCCGGUCGUGCGACACCACUUGGCAUCUCGUACAGAGUCGGGAUCUUGUAUCAACCGUGUUACCUGCUUUACACUUUAUAGACCCGUUUUACAAGGAGUAUACAGACACAGCUUUCUAUGCAUGGUCCCUUCCCCCGGAACACCUGAGAAGUCUUCUUACUGCACCAAUAGCUGGUUUCGUUUUUGGUUUUGUUUUUUUUGUUGUUUUUUUUUUCCCUAAGUUCGUUGUGGUGUACAUUUAAUUUAAAAAGAAAAAAAAAAAAAAAGAAAAAAAAAAACAACAACAACAAACUGUUUGCAAUGUAUCAUGCCUAUUGCUGAAGUUGCUAUGGCAUUUUAGUUUUCCAAUGGUACUUUAGUUGUUGAGUGCCGGUUACAACCUGUAUUGUCGACAUGCCUAUGGCUUCUUUAGGAAUAACUUUUAUAUUUAUUUAAGAAAUUUUAAAUUAUGUUUUACGUCAUUUGGCAAUAUUCAGUCAGUUCUGCUCCCUUCUUGUCAUGGACGAAAUUGGGUCUUGCCUGCCUUUGAAGGAGGCGGCUUUUUUUUUAUAAAUUGGCACUUUAAAACAGGCCAUAUAUAUUUAUUAGUAUAUAGAUAGAUAGUAACACAGAUAUGCACACAGACACAGGAUGAGAGCAAAAUCCAUUUUUGCAAUGAAGGAACUCCUAAUGGGAAUGAAAUGCAUCACGUACAGCUGCGAAAGGCGCUUCUGGCUCCCACUUCAUCCUCCAGGGAGAGACAGGGCUGGGAGAGGAGGGGGGCACUGGCUUUUUCCCAAGCUGAACUCCGUGGAGCCCUGGGGCGCCGGUGGAUUUGCAGUCAUUUACACGGGCUAAAGAGAAAGGAAGUUACUGCUUCAAAGGGAGAACCGUUGACCAAGUGUAGCUUUAGGGACCAGGGGAGGGUGGGGAGGAAGGGGGCAGCUCCAGCUUGUUCCACAGCAGGAGAACCCACAGCCUUUCUGUCCCUACGCCUCGAGUAGGGAACACAAUCCUGCACAAACCUGGAGCAGCACCAGGCUCACACGGCAACUUGGUAGGCACUUGCCUCACCGGGGUUAAAAAUUGAUUUGCAGGACGCUGGAGCCGCCUGCUUUUUAAGUGUUUACACCUGCGUGAGCACCACCUGCGAGGCAAAAGCUCCCAUCGGUGCCCCUCUCAGAGACCCGUGCUGUUCAGGGGAGUCAGCUGGGGUUUUUGUACCGGAGAGCGGGAGCCGAGCUCUGAAUCCACUUUGCCACUUUGGGCAGUGUCCGUGGCUCCUCGGUGCUGAAGCGCGUGUCCCGUGGCUGAAUCCCUACAGGAAUCCCACAGGACAAAAACCUACUUGAUUUGUGGGACUCGGCAGAAGGUUGGGAAGGCUGGUGCGGGCCUGGGUGGGAAGGGCUGAGCUGUGGCUUUCCCCCCUGCAGUCACGCAUGGAAUUUCUCUGAGACCUACACCAGGGAUGGAGAUUGACAUUAACGUGCAAUGAAGUGACAAGAUGGGAGCAGAAUAAGAGAGCUUUGGAUUUGAAGUGAUUUUUUUUUUUUCUUAAAUUAUUUAUUCUUUUUUUUUUUUUUCCUUCUUCUGUAAAUAUAUUUAUUUUAUUGUGAAGCUAACAACAUCUGGAUUGUAACAUGUACAGAAUGUAUGGUAGGAAUGUAUCCUCUUGUAGGAAUGUAAAUCUGUAUGAAAAAGGGUAUGGGAGCCAGAUUCAGAGAGAAUUAAUUGAGUUCCAGCCGCGAUAUGCAUGGAUCACAGGAUUAUUUUUUUCCUUCCCUACACUCUUUUUCUAACAUGGGUCUGGUUGUUUGAAAUAUGCAAAAAAAGGCAUGGAGGAGGGACAGGUUUGCGUUCAAAAUUAGUCCUAAUCAGGCUCCUACCCCCACUGGCUUCUUGAGAGGGGCCUCCCUUGGCACGCUACUGGAAUCUGCCACUGAAGGCAGGAGCGAAUGCAAUCAUCUCCAUCGCGCAGGCCUGGGAAAGGUUUAGAAAAGAUGAUUUCUUUUUUUUUUUUUUUUUACUUAUUUUUUUUAACCGCGCAUGCGAGGCCCAGCAGAAACCCCUGGACGCCCACAGAAGGGGGCAGGAUGUUCCCUCCAGCCCCAGGGCCGCGUCCUUGCUCGGAGGCGGGCGGGACCCUCAGGCUCCGUGUCUGAGCAGCUUCUCCGGAGCCCGGCGGGACCUGGGAGCCAAGGAAGUGGAAGAUCCCUCUUGGGGAGAGCAACGCCGCCGUCUGAAGCAAUCACUGUCGGGAGAAAUUUCGGACCUUGUGCAAGGUAAUUGGGUUUUUCCUCGACGCCGCGUGUGUGGUAAGAGCCUGGGUCGUUUUAAACUGAUGGUUUUGAAUCCGAAGUUUACACUUUAUGACCGUUAAAUUGAGUAAAUCGCAAUGGGUCCUCGUCUGACAAAUGGUUUCAUUCAUUCUGGCGUGUUUUGAACUUUUUGUUCUUGUUACAGGGUUUCUUUUGGUUUGGUUUUGUUGUUUUGGGUUUUUUUUCCUCCCCUCAACCCCCCCAGUCAGGCUUCAGUAUCCUGCUUCUGUGCAAGUUGCUUUGAAUAUUCUAUUAAUUAAUGAGACUGAACAUUUUAAAAUAAAUUCCUUCUUUUUUUAAGCACUUUUUUUUUUUCUUUUUUCUGAAAAUAAGCCUAAUGCAAGUUCUGGAACCUCUUUAAAAACACAAAUUGCAGAUAAAAAAAAUCCCAACCUCAACUCCUAUCUAGUUCUGAGCGUAUUCCAUACUAUUGCCUACAAAGGCCAAGAUUCUGGAAAAGGUGUAAAUAGUGUGACAUGUUCAGUGCAUGGUUGUUUGAACAGGGCUUGUUAUUGUAAAAAAAAAAAUAAAUAAAAAUUAAAAAAAAAGGAAAAAAAAAGAAAAAAAAUGGAAAAAAAAAAGAAAAAAAGGCUGUAUUUCCCCUUCCCCUCCCACAGACCUUAGAGCUGUGCCUUUUCUAUGCAAUAUUACAGACAUCUGAAACCAGAUUACUGUAUUCACAUGUAGGUAUGGGCUGUAAUCAAAAAUACAAUUGGACAAAUGUACAUGGAAAUGAGCAGUCUUACUUUUGUAGUUUUAUAUUAUACAAUAAACAAUUAAAAUAAA